GCCUGAUCAUGUAUAUAAAUAUACAGAUGCCCAUCCAUUAGCUAGGCCACAAUAUAUAUCACAUCCCCCUAUAUAUUUGUUUGUAUACAUAUUUAAGUGCCUGGUCCAAAAGCCGUGUGCAUGGGAGCUUCUUGCAUCGUAUACUACGUAUAUACAUGAGAUUUUCAAGAUUAUGAAGAGAGGCUAAGCUAUACUAACCAGAACGUGAAGAGGGAUUGCUUAAUAUUGACUGAGAAAAUGCGGUCGGCAUCGGAAAACCACGGCGGCUCUCCGAUGCGAUUCGUGUCAUUCCGGCGGCCAAUUCUGACGCUCAGAGGCGGCGACCAAGUCCACGCCUUGCUAUUGGACCACAACAAGUCAACGGCCCAAGUUGACUCCCAGCUUGAAGCCUUCCAAUCCAAAGUCGCCGCCCGCUUCCACGACCUCUCCGUCGGCAACGGCAAAGAUCAGUUCCUCUCUGUUUCCUGGAUCCGAAAGCUUCUCGAUGCCUUCUCCAAAUGCCAAGAUGACUUCAGGCUUAUCAUCAUGUCCAAAAAGGACGCCGCCGCCGCAUUCGGUGGUUCCAAACAGCCCACGGAGAGGAUCUUGACCGAGUACUUUGACCGGACGAUCAAGGCUCUCGACAUCUGCAACGCCGCCCGGGACGGGAUCGAGAAAAUCAAGCGGUGGCAGAGGCAUUUGGAGAUUGUGGUUUGUGCAUUGGGGGCCCCACAGACUGGUGGUAAAACGACGGUCGGUGGAGGAAACCUCCGCCGUGCAAGAAAGGCUCUGAUCGAUCUCGCACUCUGCAUGCUGGAAGAUAAUAACAGUAAUAAAGACAGCGCCGCCGCUGGCGGCGGAGGUGGUGGAGGGGGAGGGGGAGUGUUUUCGAGCCACCGGAGCAGGUCGUUUAUACGACGCCCGAAAGACCAAACUCGGCCCGCUCGGGGCCGCCACGCGAGGUCACUGUCAUGGAGUGUUUCGACUUCCUGGUCGGCGUCGAAACAGCUCCAGCUUCUCGCGAGCAGCGUGGGCCCGCCCAAGCCGACCGACGUUCUCGCGUCGAACGGCUUGGCCUCUUUGGUCCACACGAUGAGCUUCGUUCUGGUGUUUGUUUUGUGGGUUCUGGUCGCCGGGAUCCCUUGUCAGGACCGCGGGGUCCACACGAACAUCGUCAUCCCCCGGCAAUGCUGGGGCCGACCUUUCCAUAUUCUCCAAGCUAGGAUAAUGGAGGAGUCUAAGAAGAGGGAGAGGAGAAACUCCAAUGGACUGGUGAAGGAGAUUUGUGUCAUGGAAGAAGGUGUGAGUCACUUGACUGAGCUGGUUGACUCCUCUUCUCAGCUCUCUGAGCAGCAAAUGGAAGAGCUCAUGGGGAGAGUUCAAGAGCUGAUGUCAGUCUGUGAAGUCUUCAAAGCUGAGCUUGACCCUCUUGAGCGCAAUUUGCGGGAAGUGUUCAGGAAAAUCGUCAGUUGUCGCGUCGACGGUCUUGAAUCCCUCGUAAACAAGGGAAGUUAGAUGAGACUGUGAGACGUUGCAACGAAUUGAACGUGCGUAGCUGCGUGCAUUCUCGAGAAUCGGUCCCACUUCAAACACGAAUAUAAAAAUGCAAACUAAACAUAUGAUUCGUAUUUACACGAACGCAACGUACAACCUUAUAUGUUGGUUUGUAUUUUUAUAUUUGAUUCGGUGAAUGGACGAAUCACUUAACGUAACGGGAAGUGCUGUUUGAUGGGGAUGAAGUGUGAAUAUUUUUCACAGACUUCUAUUCCAUAUCAUUUUAGGGAGUAAAUAUUCAAUUUCUACUUGAAUUGUAUGAUUUUAUAAAAAUAUGCGUAAUGUCACAUGUAACAUUUCAAGAAAAAGCAAACAAAAAGGAGUGGUUAUCUUUCACUUUCUCAGUAGCAUGUAUGUGUUGGUAGUACUAUUAAUUUUUUAUGAUCAGAUUAAAGCAAUUUGAUAAUGCAAAAAGCUCUCAAUAUGUUUGUUUAUGA